UCAGGUGGCCCUAUCGGAUCUCCUGGAGCCCCAGGUCCCGAAGGAGAACCAGGACCACCCGGAUUUGGAUUACCUGGGGAACCAGGGCCAAUUGGCAUGUCUGGUGAACCUGGACCACGGGGCCCCAAGGGAGAAAGAGGUUUGCCAGGUGUACAGGGGUCUCAAGGAGAGCCAGGGGUACCUGGAACAGUUACAGAAGGUCCCCAAGGCCCGGUAGGACCCCCAGGAAUACAAGGUAUACAGGGUCCGCAGGGUCUUCCAGGAUUACCAGGCCCUCCUGGAGCACAAGGUGUCGCGGGCAGAGAUGGCAGACCAGGACUCCCAGGUCCUCCAGGUGACCCAAUUGCCCUUCCUCUUCUCGGUGAUAUGGGAGCUAUUCUCAAGAAUGUAUGUGGUCAUUGUAAUGCUGGUGGUCCAACAUCUGCAGCCACCAAGGGAGAGGAAGACCUAGCUGGUAGUGCAGGACACAUUGGUAUUAAGGGUGACCCAGGUCUGAGGGGCCCUCCUGGGAUCCCUGGCAAAGAAGGGCCAAAGGGUAUCAAAGGCGAACGUGGCUUUCCUGGCCUGUCUGGAGAGAAAGGUGACCAGGGUAUGUCGGGAAUUCCUGGGGUUACUGGCAUCACAGGUCCUCCUGGACCACCUGGGCAUUUUGGGCGAACUGGACAUCCAGGACCUCCAGGGGUCAAAGGAGAAAAGGGAAAUGAAGGUCCUCCGGGCAGACCUGGACCCCCUGGACUACCUGGUGCUCCACUCACUGAAGGAAAUGGGAUGAGCAGCCUGUACAUGCACAAGGGAGCUGCCUCUGCUGCUGUGACGUCUGCACAACCUGGUCCACCGGGACCAAAAGGUGAACAAGGCCCAAAGGGCGAGCCUGGGCCGAUGGGACUGCCAGGACUUGAAGGUCUCCCCGGGGAGAAGGGAGAUCGAGGACAAAUUGGUCCACCGGGAAUUGCUGGGAUACCAGGAAAGAACGGAGCCCCAGGUCCUCCAGGAAUUCCAGGUGAACCUGGUGAGAGAGGUCCAGUAGGAGAUAUUGGAUUUCCAGGACCUGAAGGAUCACCAGGACCACCAGGAAGAAACGGAAAUGAUGGAUUACCAGGUUCACCGGGAGCCCAUGGACGACCAGGUGACAGAGGUCCAAAAGGAGAACGUGGUGAUCCAGGUAUACCAGGAGACCAAGGUCCCAGAGGCAAAACAGGUACACCAGGAGAAAAGGGAGAUAUUGGACCUGCUGGACCCCAUGGAGCACCUGGAGACAGAGGUUACCCUGGUCAGUCAGGCAAAGAUGGCCAACCUGGACCUCCCGGACCACCACUAAUAUUGACAGAGAAUAUUUCAUUUGAAGAAAUGAAAAAAUAUAUUAGACAAGAAGUUUUACGAAUAUUUGAAGAGAAAAUGAGCGAUUUCCUCUCUCAACUAAAAACACCAGCUGCUUUACUUGCUGCUCAAGGAAAACCAGGUCCACCUGGGAAUGAUGGACUUCCAGGGCCACCUGGAGAUCCUGGGCCUCCUGGCCCUCAAGGUUUACGAGGACAGAAAGGUGAAAGAGGUGAAUUUGGAAUUGGUCUUCCAGGGAGUCCAGGCCCCACAGGACCUACAGGUGACCCAGGUCCUGCAGGAGCUCAAGGAUCCCCUGGGACUCCUGGUAUAAGUGGAAGGUGUAACCCAGUGGAUUGUUAUUAUCCGACUGCUCAUGGUCGAGCAAGACUAAAUGGAAGAUAAUUUGAUUUCUUAAGUAUAUAUUAAACAUAUCAAUUUUGCCUCUUGAAUGUGGCACAUUGAAGAUGAGGAUAAACUCCUGUAAAAGCUGUCCUUGCAUGGCUGGGUGGUGCAAUGGAGCAUUAUUUGAUUCUGGUACUUUUAAUUUAUUUCACAAAAUGAUAUAUAUCAUGGGAUGUCAUUACUUUAGAAAGCAAAAAUUGUUGUUUGACUGACCUUGUUACUAUCAGGGUGAACACUAUUUUUAAAGGAAGUACCAAACAUUAUAUUAACUCUUACAGGAUAUAAGGGUCAGGUUAAGAUUCUGUUAGCACAAACAUUGUAUAUGUAUAUACUUUUUUGUAUCUAUACAGAACAGAUAUGUGAAAUACACCUCAGUAAGGUUCCAUGUGUUAUCUUUAGCAGCUUUUUGGGUAUACCAUAUUUUGUUCACACUUAUGAAA